AUCACUUGUUUGGCUGCUAAACGACCGUUUAUCAGUCGUUAAAUUUAUACACCUCAGGUCGUCGAACGACCACGUCUGAACUGAUAGACCGGUCAGUGCAAUGGACCCCUUAUUCAGUGACACGUGGCGUAUCAGGAUACCACUUCCAAACCGACAAGUCGCUUAAAGUGAUUGAAUUCGCAAUCUUAACAUCUAGUCGUCUAUGAUUAUGAACCCAACCGCAGUUGGCGUCUUAGCAUCCCUGUUAAACGAAGCAAAGCUCUGAUCCUUCAUACCAAGUUUUACACUCUGUGCUCAGUUUUUUGAGAUUCAACUUCUGAAGGCAUUUGAAUUAGAUUGGUAGUGUGAUAGAUGGCAUUGAGACGCUUCCUUGGAUUCUCAGAUGGCGAGCUGAUGAGAUCAGAUGCUAAACCUUGCUCUAGACUAAUGAGGCAAACAGCUGGAAUUUUUUCGGUUGGAGGGGCUUUAGGUUUCUGGAUUCUCUGCAGGUUGCAUUAUGGUCCUAGAAUUACAGUUCCUAGGAGCCUUCGUUGGGCUACUUGUGGAGCUAUUUCUGUGAGUUCAACUUCUGCUCUCCUGGUCCGCCUCUUUAGCCCUGAAUGUGAACCCCAAAAUAUAGCUGCUUAUGACAAAGUAAAAUAGUGAUACAUUACAUAUCAAGGUUGAAAAAACAUUUUUUUAAAUUAGCUCAUCUGUCUGCCUUUUGCUGAGACAUUAAUCCUCUUAUGAAUUUCCCAUGUCGAGGCUCGUUGCGUACAAACUGAUGUGUACUUUCAUCCUUAGAAGAAGGCUUUGUGGAGCAAUUAGUCUUGUAUGAAUAUUUGUUUCCCGUUUAGUGUAGCCAUGAAACUACGUAUGCCAUAAUUAAAUUGAUAAGGAUUGAUGCUAAACUAA